GCGACCUCGUUUGUUUGUUUCAAGAUACCAUAAUUGUUACUGUCUAGAUUUUGAUGCGUUGAUUUGAUUUUGCCUUUCUUUGUUUCCAUGCAAUUUUCAUGCUGAAAUCUUAAUAAUCUCCUUAAAGAUGGCCCAUCCAACUAAAGAAGAAUUGCGACAAGAAAUUUCACAAAUACUUGAAGGAGCUGAUUUGUCAGCAUUGUCAUCCAAGAAAGUGAGACUGAAACUUCAGGAUAUUUUCAAAGUAGACCUUUCUGACAGGAAGAAAGAGAUUGAUCAGCUUUUGAUGGCUCUUAUAGCGGAUGGCCAAGCUACUUCAUCGUCUAAGGAGAAAGAAUCCAAGGAUGUUCCUCAAACCAGUGGAGCACACAGCAGAAAGAAAGGAGACACUCAUCACUCUGAUUCCUCCUCAGAUGAACUAAGAGAUGGAAGCCCACCUGUUAAGAGAAAGAAAAAGAAGAAGAAAGAAAGCUCAAAAACAGCUACCAAGACAAAAAAGAAGGAGAAGACUUACCAAAAAGAAACAAAAUCAGGAAAGAAGAGGGAGGCACCUAAGAGCAAAGCUAAUGUGGAGGAUUCAGAUGAUGAACAGACAAUAAAUGAUGAGGAGUUGGCAUGGAAACUACAUCAAGAAGAGAGUAGAAGAUCUAGAACCAGAAAUCAUACCACCAGGAGAGUAUCUUCAGUCAAAUCCAAGAAAGUAAAUGGGGCAUCCAAGGAUAAGGGUAAAACAGGAUACAAUGCAGAUAUGAUAUUAUCUCCAGAACUUGCCAAAAUCAUUGGAACAGACAGGCUGUCAAGACAUGAAGUUGUAAAAAAGAUGUGGGCAAUCGUCAAAGAAAGAGAUCUUGUGGAUCCGAAGAAUAAGCAGUUUCACAUAUGUGAUGAUGAACUAUUCAAAGUAUUCCGUCGGAGAAGAAUUCGGACGUUCAGUAUGAUGAAAUAUCUGAAAGGACACAUCAAAGACCCAAGGAAUCUUACCAUACCUGUAUAGCUUUUCAUCUUGCCUUUCUACCUUUAAAGGGAUAUGUCAGAACUGAUGGUGGAGCUAAAUGGUUUGCGGUAAAUCUCAACUCCUAAGAAAUGCCGAAAAGUAUAUAUGUUAGUGGUGAACAGUCCAAUUUUUCAUUUAAAAAAUCACUGUGAUUAUGCCAUGUUUCAUUGUACUUUUUAAUAGAUUGUCUUUCUGUGGCACACUUUGAAUAGUCAAGACCUUUAUUUUUUCAGGCAGAAUGGGACAUUUAAAUUCACACCUUUUUGUGGGGUCUCCCUAAAACGAACUGUCUUUAUUUCCUAGUUCAUAUGAAAGGUUGUAAUGUAAUGUAGCUUGAACUGUUGAUAAAAAUGAAGUAAACAGGGAGAAAAUAGGGGUCAAAUGUACACAACACUACACACUACAAAUGGGACGCAUCCGAGAAUGAAUCAACAAUGGUACGCCGGGCUUCGCGAUCUGACCUGAGAGUUGGGAGUCGGUUGGUACUAAAGGGUUGAUCAUUUGAUGGAAUUGUGCUUUCUUAACAAGAACUACAUGGCUUGCAUAAGGACUAUUACUUGGCUCUAUUAUCCCUUGAUCUAACAAUUGCCUUAAAGUGUCCUUCACUUCUUUGACAUAAUGUGGGGAGAAUUCUACGAUAAUUUUGGAUAGGUGGAUUGGUAUAUGAGGUGUCAGUUGAUGAUUGUCCUGAAGGGGUAGCUAGUAAUAGUAACAUGUACACGGAUAGUAGUUUGAUUCAACAUUUCGGUCCCGUACUAGAGAGGGGGUUUGUCGUUUAAAUCACCUGAAUUCUGAUACUCAUAAUUCCUGUUCUGUGAUUGUUUUUGUAACUCCCAACACUGUGCCUGGAUAUGACCAGGUCUACCACAGUAGAAACAAUUUUGACUUCAUAUAGAUAUAUCACUGACCAAAUAGAUCUAUCAUCAGUAUCAGUAUAUCCCUUUACAUAGGAAAUUUUGUAUAUAUUUUGGGACUUUAAGAUAACUUUCAGGGCUUCAUUGCUAAAGAGGGCUUGUAAAUAUGGACCAAAGAAUGUAAAUCUGGAAGAAGAAGAGAGAGAGAAGUGUAAGCUAACAUAUGUUUUAUUAUAUCAUGAUUCAGUAUUAGUUAGUUCUCUUUAGAAUUAUGAUGUUUUGAUUUUCUUGUAACUUUUCAUCAGUAAAAUCCCUUGGGACCAUGCACAUAUAUUGAAUAACGAUUCCAUGACAUUUGCUCUGGCCACAUGUCUCCGCUAUAAAUUCUACACACUAAUCAAGUGACAUAAACUCUAUUGCAACCCUACGUCUUAGACGAAAUAAAGCCCAGAGUAAUUGUUGCAGGAGAAAUCUAAAUAUAAGUCUGUAACUAUUUAUUGGUUGAUAUAUAUCAGCUAAUUUAUUGGUUGAAUAAAUUGGUU